AUGGCUUCUCCAAAACGCUGGCAGCCCCGCGAAGGAUUCUCAGCCGACGUUAUCGCUCGCCUGGUCAACGGUACGCUGCUGUCAACCUCCUUAACCCUACCUUUGUUCCUCCUCACGAAAUUCACAAGCUGGGGGCAAGAAUACGGCGAAAGGCGGCCAGGGGUUGUUCGAGUGUUGAGGCUUUUGCUCUCGAUUGGGCUGUACCGCACUAUCAAUGCCUGGUUGAGCCGCCGUUCGCUGAACAACGGAGUUUCAGACACAUAUAACUGGCGAGCGGAGAUUGCCGUCGUUACAGGUGGAAGCGAUGGAAUUGGAAAAAGAAUCGCACUUCUGCUUGCCGCACGAGGACUGAAAGUGGCGGUGUUAGAUGUUCAGCCGUUGAAAUAUGAACAUCCAGCCAAUAUCGAAUUCUUUUUGUGUGACAUUUGCUCUAGCGAGCAGAUCGCGGGUGUAGCUCAGCAGAUUCGAGCAAAAAUGGGCGAGCCGACUAUUUUAGUCAACAAUGCUGGUAUCCUGAAAGGAAAGACAAUCCUCGGAGGGACAGAAGCGGAGACCCGUCAGACUUUUGAAGUGAAUACAAUGUCGCACUACUGGCUCACCCGUCAAUUUUUACCACAUAUGGUAUCCCGAAACCACGGAAUGGUCGUUACUGUUGCGUCACUCGCCUCCCAUGUCACCAGCGCCAAUCUAGUGGACUACUCUGCCAGCAAAGCGGCAGCGCUUGCAUUCCAUGAAGGUCUUGCUGGCGAACUGCGGAGUUGCUACAGUGCACCUAAAGUGAGAACGGUGCUAGUGACGCCGGGCUUCGUCAACACUCAGCUUGUGGAUGUGAUUAGGCCUGGAGGAAGCUUGCUGACUCCGCUGUUGCACCCAGACACUGUUGCCGAAGCUGUUACAGACCAAAUUCUAACCGGUCGCAGCGGCAACGUUAUCUUGCCGAUUUUUUCUGGAAACAUUGUCAGCAAUGUCCGGUCUUUUCCUCAUUGGCUCCAGAAGCGGUUUAGGAACGAGGGUGCGCGCUUGAUGUCGCCGCGUAGCAGGGGUUAA